ACGCCAUCUUGGGAGUGCGACGAGAUGUUGGGAUCUGUCAUUCGUGGUUUUUUUUCUUGUUUAUUCAGAAUAUUUGUAUAAGCAUGGUUUGGGAAUCACGAUUACAAUUAUACACGAUUCAAUGUGACUAAUUUGAUUGGAAAGCCAGAAAAGAUACAGUGACGUGAGGUGGCAUCGAAAAAUCCACUUGACAGAAGCAUAAGUUAAGUUAAGAGACAUCAGGGUUUGCUAACGAGAUGGAUUUAUCCAAAGUAUCGAACGAAAAAAAAUUGCACCUUUGCAAAUGGUAUUUUCGUGGUGGUUUUGCACUGCUGCCGUUUCUUUGGGCUGUGAACGCAAUUUGGUUCUCAAAGGAGGCGUUUGUCGCAUCGCCUUACGAGGAACAGAAGCAAAUUAAGAAAUAUGUAAUUUUCUCCGCCGUAGGAGCAACUAUUUGGACAGCCGCUUUAUUAGCUUGGAUAAUUACCUUUCAAACUCAAAGAGCUGUGUGGGGUGACUUUGCCGAUGCUAUCAGCUAUAUAAUUCCCACUGGUAUUCCUUGAAUUCCUUUAAUGUCGAUACUUUGUUGGUAUACAAUAAUUUAUUGCAAACAUGUAUAUUAAAUAAUCAUUGUAUAUUAAUCUUUUACGUAAUUAUUAUAAUUAUAAAUUCAUGCAACAUUUCAUAU